AGUUAGCUAUCAGUGAGUUUUUAACGAAUAUUGGGUUCCGUUUUGCUUUCAAAGGGAAGAGGAAGUGGAAGAUUUAUAUUUGCCAGCUUACCAUCGAUCCCUAUAAUACUUGGGAAAUUGAUUUGGUAUUAUCUCUCAAAAAAUCUGGUUACAUUGAUGCCACAAUGCAGACUGCAAAAGCAAUUUGUGUUGCUACAUUUGGUGGUCCAGAAGUUCUCAGAGUUUGUAAUGUUCCCAUUCCGAGCACUGGUGCAGGGCAGGUACUUGUAAAGUUGUAUGCUGCUGGUGUAAAUCCUGUUGACACAUACAUUCGAAGCGGAUCAUAUGCUCGUAAGCCAACCUUACCUUACACUCCAGGUGCUGAUGGUGCAGGGGUUGUCAAGUCCGUAGGGGAUGGGGUUUUGGAUUUCAAGGAAGGUGAUCGAGUUUUUGUGCAUCAAAUUUCUGUGGGAACAUAUAGCCAGUAUGCAGUUCUUCAACAUGAGAAUGUGCAUCAUCUUCACCAAAAGUUGACAUUCGACCAAGGAGCAGCACUUGGUGUGCCUUAUUUGACUGCAUAUCGAGCUUUAUUUCACAAACUAAAUGUUGAAUCAGAGAGGACCAUAUUUAUUCAUGGGGCCAGUGGUGGGGUUGGUGUGGCAGCUGUGCAGCUUGCCAGAUCUCAUGGCAUGCGAGUCUUUGGCUCGGCUGGAAGUGCUGCUGGCUGUGCUGUAGUUAAGGAAGCUGGUGCUCAUGAUGUGUUUAAUCACAAAAUCGAUGGAUAUUUGGAAAAAGUUAUGGAGGCGACGGAAAACAAGGGUGUUGACUUUAUCGUCGAAAAUUUAGCAAACGUUAACUUGGAGAAUGAUCUUAAAUUAUUGGCAGAGUAUGGUAAAAUUGCGGUUGUUGGAAAUCGUGGCUCGAUUGAAAUCAAUCCUCGCUUGAUGAUGAUGAAAGAAUCCAGUAUCGUUGGCGUGAUGCUAUCUAAAACAACACAAGAUGAAAUUAAGGAGGCGGUCUUUAAGCUUCAGAAAUUAGUUGAAGGUGGACACCUUAAUCCCAUCGUUAAAAAGACUUUCAAAUUGCACGAUGCACCUAAGGCCCACAGAGAAAUAAUGGAGGGUUGUGCCAAAGGAAAAAUGGUGCUGGAGAUUGAUUGAUACAGCUCCUCUCAAUGGACAAAUGACAAUCCUUGAAGAAAUCCAAUUAUACGAUCCGAAGUAAGCAACGUUUUACUAGAUUUCACCCAAAAAACUUUUCGCUACUCAAAUAUUGACUGUCGCUUUCGAUAAGAAUGACUCAAUUAUAGAUUGUUGCCUUGAAUUGUUUUGAACUGAAAAAGUAUUAGAUCGAACUGGUGUGCAUUUGAAGUGCACUUGAUGUCAAAAUUCAAUGAAAGUUUUUAACGAUAAUUUUACGUACAUACUAGUAGUUGGUCUUUAAUCGCGUCUAAGAAGAAUGGGGAUAGUAAUCUCUGUGACGUGAAUUCCGGAGAAUGCCUGCUGAAUGAUUCUAUUACAAGUAAAUCGUAAAAUCAAUGUUGCAACCCGCCAUUCAAUGCUAUAUAAUUUUUUGUGUUCAGUAACUGUGAAAAACAAUAGGUUUUCAUUGCAAUGAUUACACAAUUUUAUUAUUGCAGGCAUAUUACUUUCUUUAUAGUACAUCAUAAUUGUCUGCAAUAUACAAUUUUAUAGUUGGAAUAGAUUAUCCAAAUUUUUCUUGUAGUAAUUAUAUUCAUAAGAUCGUA